GGAGCGAGCUUUGACCCACGUCAUCUUGGAGAUUCUCUCGAGCAAACACGCGACGUGCUCAACCCUACCACUCGACCCCUCUGCACAUCCACCACCAUGUCUACCGGCAACCGGAAAGAGCGACGCGCCAAAGAAUCCAAUGCAACUAGGAGUGGUGCUGCAACUGGCUUCCAGCCCACCAACGAAAUCGACCAAGACGGUGUCGAGAUGAUUCUGAAGCACCCCGACUUCUCCAAGCCAACAGGCAAGACACUAUUCGACUUGGCUGAAGAGAGGCAGAGAGAACUAGACAAGGCGAACGGUAGGACGCGAGUUGUCAAAGUGCCAGUAUCAUCCGCCUCUGCCUCGGCCGAUGAUGGUCCCCCAAUUGGUCCCCUUGGGGACUCGAUUCUCUAUUCCGUCUCCAUGGCAGCACUCCACCUCACGCUCGACGUCCUCGUAUACAGCCAAUACCGCGAGGAUAUACUCUGGAAUGAGAUCAUGUGGCGGGCACUGACAGCGUGGCCCGUAUUCUUUCUAGCAGUCUACCUGACCCACGUCGACUUCUCAUACCGAUUCCCCAUACUUCGAGACGCUACGUUUUUCGGAGGUUCCGUCGUAGCAGGCUGCUACUUGGUAUACUCGGGCAAUAAGCAUGGCUAUUUCUAUGUCAUGAAGUCGGCGCCCCCUAUUGGCACACUCUGGAUUUGGAGUGUUGUGGAGAUGAGCCUGCCUUUUGCGGCCACCAGCGCAGCCGCCGUGCUUGGAUAUAUCUGGUGGAACGGAUUCGACUUCUUUUGAAGUCGUAGCAAGCGGAUAUAUGUAUUCGACGGCGCCCUUUUCUAUCAAGAUUUAGGCUGCUGCAGCUCAUGACAGCGAAUCAACAAUAAAUCAAUGUCCGUACUCACGAGAGACGCUUAACGCUUAUCAGCCGCGAAUUGGCCAUGCAACGAACCCCGCUUUUGCGCAGACAUAGAAAGUCUACAA